UAAAGCCACGGGCUAAAGUUUAGCUGCGUUUCGCUUAGCAUUGCGCAAUAGCGGCCAGUACAGCGAAGCUGACGCGGGCUUAAAACUCGUGUUUCUUUUAAAUGUUAUACGUUUUUUUACUUUCGGGGUAGUACCUCUGGGGACGUAACGUUACUGUUUAGACUAUAAACGCCUGUAUUGCCGAGGACUAUGUAUUUUUGUCAUCUUUCCUCAAGGAUAGCCACGUAAUGUUGUUGAUGUGGCCACGUCAACAUAUAACUGCAGUCAUACUACCGGUGAACCAGUAUCAGUCUUCAUGUAUGAUGUGUCCCAGGGAACAGGGGAGCAGACACAAUUGGCUAAGGCAGCUUUCAAACGCACAAAAACACUCAGACAUCCCAAUAUCCUAUCCUACGUAGAUGGGUUGGAGACAGAGAAGAGCUUAUACAUCGUCACAGAACCGGUGACCCCUCUGACUGCACACCUAAAGGUACAGGCAGAGAAAGGUGGCACUAGAGACUUAGAGGUUUCAUGGGGCCUUCACCAAAUUGUGAAAGCCCUGAGCUUCUUGGUGAAUGACUGUCACCUCCUUCACAAUAACUUGGGCAUGUGGGCCAUUUUUGUGGACCGUGCCGGUGAAUGGAAACUUGGAGGGUUGGAUCAUGUCACCUCUGACCAGGGAGACUCCACCUUACCACCGCCUAAAGUGAUCAACCCAGAUUUGGAGAAAUACGACCCUCCUGAGACCCCCGGCAGUGGAGGAGAAAAGUGGACAGGGGAUCUGUGGCGUCUUGGUUGUCUCAUUUGGGAAGUAUUUAAUGGACCUUUACCACGUGCAUCCUCAUUACGAUCACUCGGCAAGAUUCCAAAGCAGUUAGUCCCGCAUUACUGUGAGUUGGUGGGAGCAAACCCUAAGAUUCGUCCCAACCCUGCGAAAUUCCUGCUGAACUGCAGAUCUCCAGGAGGCUUCAUGAACAACAGCUUUGUGGAGAGCUGUCUGUUUCUGGAAGAGAUACAGAUAAAAGAGCCUGCAGAGAAGCAGCAGUUCUUCCAGGACCUGAGCGAGAAUCUCGACUCUUUCCCUGAGGAUUUUUGCAAGCACAAAGUGUUGCCUCAGCUCCUCACAGCCUUCGAGUUUGGCAAUGCUGGUGCUGUAGUCCUCACGCCACUUUUUAAGGUGGGUAAGUAUUUGUCAGCUGAAGAGUACCAGCAGAAAAUCAUCCCAGUCAUAGUAAAGAUGUUCUCAUCUACUGAUCGAGCGAUGAGGAUACGACUUCUACAACAGAUGGAACAGUUUAUCCAGUACUUGAAUGAAGCAGCAGUAAACUCCCAGAUCUUUCCGCAUGUGGUACAUGGUUUCACAGACACAAACCCUGCCAUUCGAGAGCAGACUGUGAAGUCCAUGCUCCUGUUGGCCCCUAAACUGAAUGAGACCAAUUUAAACCAGGAGUUGAUGCGUCACUUUGCACGACUCCAGGCUCGGGAUGACCAGGGACCCAUCCGCUGCAACACCACUGUUUGCCUGGGCAAAAUCGCCCCCUACCUCAAUGCUGGGAUGCGGCAGCGUGUUUUAAUCUCCGCAUUCUCACGUGCAACUAAAGACCCGUUUCCUGCCUCACGCGCAGCUGGUGUGCUCGGGUUCGCUGCCACCCAUCAGUACUAUAGUGUGACUGAGAACGCUGCUCGCAUUCUUCCCACACUUUGCACACUGACUGUAGAUCCAGAUAAAAACGUCAGAGAUCAGGCAUUCAAAGCCAUAAAAAGUUUCCUUAGUAAGCUGGAGACCGUUUCAGAAGACCCUACUAAACUAGUUGAAUUAGAGAAGGAUGUGACUGCUUCAGCACAGACAGGAGGGUCUGCUGCCACGUGGGCAGGGUGGGCCGUAACAGGCGUCUCGUCCCUCACCUCCAAACUUAUACGUAAUGCUCCGGCUGGUUCGGAGGCACCACCUGCUGAAAACAGCCAAGCCCCACAACCUACAGUCGGACCAGUAACAACAAAUACUGCAAGCAUAGGUCCAGAGUUGAAAACACAGCCUGACAGUGCGUGUGGUACACAUGCCAUCCCAUCAGAGACGUCAAAUGAGGAGACUGCAGAGCCUGAAGGAGAUCGAUGGGAGGAUGAGGAUUGGGGAAGUCUUGAGGACCCUGAGAAAGUUCAGACGGACCCAGACGAUUGGCAUUCUGAUUGGUCGGCCAUGUCCUCAACACAGAAGAAAAGCAAUGUUGGUCGGAAGUCCUCUCAGGCGGUGAAGAAGCAGAGUUCUGAUUGGAGCUCUGGCUGGGAUGCCGAUGACAGCUGGUCCAAUGAGAAAGAUGCUGAUGGUCAGGGUCAAAGUUCACCUGGUGAUGAGGGCUGGGGUAACGAUUGGGAGGAAGAUGGGGGUCUGGCUGAUAGUUUCACCCCAACUCCACGAAAUAAAGCCGCAUCCUCAAACGUCGUUCCAAAGAGUGGACAGGAAGGGCUACGACUGGCCAGCGAUUAUAAUUGGGAUGUAGGAAAAUCAACAACAUCUGAUCUGUUGUCCGGUGUGUCACAAAGGACAAAUAACACGGCUGCUACUAUGAAGUCUGAUGGCUGGGAAGCAGACACUACAGGGGACUGGGGAACUGAGGAAAACUGGGAGUCAUUGGAUGGAGAUCAGGGUUUAAGUAAAGCAGAAUUAGCAAAGAAAAAGCGAGAAGAAAGAAGGAAGGAGUUAGAGGCCAAACGGGCAGAACGCAAAGCAGCUAAGGGUCCUCUCAAACUUGGCGCACGCAAGCUGGACUGAGUUUUAAAUGUAAACACUGAAGGCGCAUUAUAAUCCGAGCUCUGAUCAGUCAUGAACUAUUUGAAGAGACUCCAGUCAGUGUGAGAUUUUAAAGAAACAUUCCGGGAUGAGAGGAGGAACCUCAAAGCUGUCUGACCUUUUGGCAGAAGGGUGUUCAUCUGCCACGUCUGCUAAGCAACUGCUUACACACCAGAAGCUAUAAUAUUCCCUUAUUUCCAGUACCAUGUUUUUAUUAAUAUGUAAAAUAAUAUCAUAAGUUUACUGAGUGAGCAUGAACUCACGUUUAAGAAAGAUAAUAAGUGUCAAAGCAAGAUUUAAAAACUAUAAUCCUAGACAUCUGUGUAUGUAUUCUGUUUAUACAUUUUCAUACAGUUUUUUUCUUGCGAUGAAUGUGGACUUUAAGGACUUAGUGGAUGACACAAGAAACAUGUCUCUCCACACUUUGACUGUCAGAAAUCUAGUCAUGUUUAAACACAGACAGGUGUUUUCAAAACAGUGGAAUCACGGGACAAAGGUUAUAUUACAGCUUAUGCGAGGUUUUUGAUUUCAUCACAUGUCAAUGUUCUUAUUUUUGGUUUGUGCCUUCAUUUUUCGUCUUGAUUGGCAGGACUGCGUACAAUAAACAAAUCAAUAGAUGUUUUUUUUAAGAUAAGGAGAUCUGGUGCAAUAUUUUAACAUGGAAUUUUCAUGUACCAUAUACACAGUAAAUCUUAUUUAAUAUGUACAAUAAUAAAGAGAAACAGUCUCUUUUGGAAGGUACUGUACAGAAUCUUGGAUGCUCCGUUGAUAAGCAUUUACACUGCGUCCUGCUAAUGGCAGCAAAUUUAUCAAACGCAAUGCUGCUUUUUUUCUCAUGGAUGAUUAGCAAAAGCAUGUCAUCUGCAUUAUCAGUAUGCAUGAAAAUGUAACUAGAAACUUUCAUGUCAUUGCACUCAUAUUUCAACAUGAAGUUGGGGGAAUUGUGCAGCAGCAAGGUUGUUUAAUGAAUAUAAAGGUAUGUUUUUAGGCAAAUACAAAGUUUACAACUCUUGGUUUGUGAUGGACAUUGAGCUCAAAUAAUCAUAAAUGUAAAUUAUAUUGUUAUAACAUUAAGUAGGAUAAUGUGUUGUACACAAUCUUGUACUGUUGAAAGAAUUUAAUCUAGCAAAUGGUAACAAAGGUCUCAGUGAACUUUUGUAAUAUAGACCAGCAACAC